ACUUGCUGUCUGAAAGAUUUCAUGUUUGCUGUGUGACUUCUGUGGUGAAGAGACUGUAAACAAGCAGAAGGGAGAAGAAGGGCAGAGGCAAACAGAAAGGAAGAAGGGACUCUUGAGUCAGCUCUGGAUGCUGGAAACAUCAAACCCAGGGAAGUUUUCGUACCCUUCUGUUAGGCUGAAGACAUCUACAGAUCAAAAGAAGAGAGUUUUCAUAGCACACACAUCAACAUUCAACCUGCAGGUUUGAAGUUGAUCCAGGAUGCAGUCCUACCUCACUCUGCUGAUGGGGAUUGUGGCCUCUGCGGCUUCAGCGGAAUGGAGGCGUCCGGUAAUCAAGUUCAACUCUCAGGUGGUAGGGAGUUCUUACGUGGUGGUCGAACCUGGGACCUCUCUUGAUCUGAGGUGUGAGGGGGACGGGCCUGUAAACUGGCAAACGAGGCUAGCCAAACACAGGCGCUUUGUGUCCAAGGGCAAUGGGAACGUCCGAACCUUAAAGGUGGAACGUCCCUCUGCAGAAUUCACUGGAACAUACAAGUGUUUUUACACCUCCGAUCCGCAGCACCGUGAACUGGCCUCCUCUGUGCAUGUGUAUGUAAAAGAUCCAAACCGCGUUUUCUGGACCAGCAGCACAUCCUUGCGGGUUGUGAGGAAGGAAGGUGAAGACUACCUGCUGCCCUGCCUGCUGACCGACCAAUCAGCCACAGACAUGGGCCUCCGCAUGGACAACGGCACCAGCGUGCCGCCAGGGAUGAACUACACGGUUAACAAGCACCGUGGUAUUCUCAUCCACAGCCUCCAUCCCAGCUUCAAUGCUGACUAUGUCUGCACAGCCAAGGUCAAGGGAGUGGAGAAAACCUCCAAGGCCUUUUCCAUCAACGUCAUUCAGAAGCUUCGUUUCCCUCCGUAUGUCUUUUUGGAGACGGAUGAGUAUGUGCGCAUUGUUGGGGAGGAACUCAAGAUUCGUUGCACAACACACAACCCCAACUUCAACUACAAUGUCACCUGGAAAUACACCACCAAGUCGAAAGUAACGGUGGAGGAGAAGGUUCGCUCCAGUGGAGAAAAUCGCCUGGAUAUACAGAGCAUUCUGACUAUCGCUGCUGUGGACCUCGCAGACACAGGAAACAUUUCCUGCAUAGGCACUAAUGAAGCAGGGGUGAACAGUUCAACAACAUACCUGAUGGUUGUAGACAAGCCCUAUAUCAGACUGUUGCCCCAGCUGUCCCCAAAACUGGCCCAUCAGGGUCUUUCGGUCGAAGUGAACGAGGGAGAAGAUCUGGAGCUCAGCGUGCUCAUCGAAGCGUACCCCCACAUCACAGAGCACAGAUGGCACACCCCAACAUCUCCCAACACAUCCACACAGGAGCACAAACUCAUCAGAUACAACAACAGAUACCAUGCUAGUCUACAGCUGAAGAGAAUGAAUGCACAGGAGCAGGGGGAAUACACCUUCUAUGCCAGGAGUGACUUGGCCAAUGCAUCCAUCACAUUUCAAGUCCAAAUGUAUCAGAGACCUGUUGCUGUGGUGAGAUGGGAAAACGUAACCACACUCACUUGCACCUCAUAUGGCUAUCCUGCUCCCAGAAUCAUCUGGUAUCAGUGUUUUGGGAUACGACCUACGUGCAAUGAAAACCACACGGGGCUGCAGAUGGCGAUCCCUCUCCAGGCUCCUACAGUGGAGGUCCAGAGGGAGGAGUACGGGGCUGUGGAGGUGGAGAGCGUUCUCACUGUGGGGCCGUCCAGCAGGAGGAUGACGGUGGAGUGUGUGGCCUUCAACCUCGUCGGUGUCAGCAGAGACACUUUUGCCAUGGAGGUUUCUGACAAGCUCUUCACUUCCACUUUGACUGGAGCAGCAGGCAUUCUGGCCAUCCUCCUGGUGCUGCUGGUUUUUCUGUUUUACAAAUAUAAGCAGAAACCCAGGUAUGAGAUCCGUUGGAAGAUCAUUGAAGCAAGAGAUGGAAACAACUACACCUUCAUUGACCCCACUCAGCUGCCUUACAAUGAGAAGUGGGAGUUCCCAAGAGACAAGCUGAAGCUAGGGAAGAUCCUGGGUGCAGGAGCUUUCGGAAAGGUUGUUGAGGCUACAGCCUUUGGUCUGGGAAAGGAGAAGGAUAAUGCGAUGCGUGUGGCUGUGAAAAUGUUGAAAGCCAGUGCCCAUUCAGAUGAGAGGGAAGCUCUGAUGUCUGAACUGAAGAUCCUGAGCCACCUGGGACACCACAAGAACAUUGUCAAUCUACUGGGAGCCUGCACCUAUGGAGGACCAGUGCUUGUGAUCACAGAGUAUUGCAGCCUCGGCGACCUCCUGAACUUCCUUCGCCAGAAGGCAGAGACGUUUGUGAACUUUGUUAUGAACAUUCCUGAUAUUAUGGAGAACUCGAAUGAUUACAAGAAUAUCUGCAAUCAGAAACAGUUCAUUAGAAGUGACAGUGGGAUCUCCAGUACAUCCUCAAGCAGUUACUUGGAGAUGAGACCCAGCCAGCUGCCAAAUAUGGAAUUAUCUCAAGACUCUGUGUGUGAGGAGACUGUUAUUGACUGGCCGUUGGACAUUGAUGACUUGCUGAGGUUUUCAUUUCAAGUGGCUCAGGGCCUUGACUUUCUGGCUGCCAAAAAUUGUAUUCACAGAGACGUUGCUGCUAGGAAUGUUCUAUUGACUGACCGCAGAGUGGCCAAGAUUUGUGACUUUGGUCUGGCACGUGACAUCAUGAAUGACUCCAACUACGUGGUGAAGGGCAAUGCACGUCUGCCAGUGAAGUGGAUGGCUCCAGAGAGCAUCUUCGACUGUGUCUACACCGUCCAGAGUGACGUCUGGUCCUACGGCAUCCUCCUGUGGGAGAUCUUCUCUUUAGGCAAGAGCCCCUACCCCAGCAUGGCUGUGGACUCCAGGUUCUACAAGAUGGUGAAGCGUGGCUACCAGAUGUCCCAACCAGACUUUGCCCCACCUGAGAUCUACAUGAUCAUGAAGAUGUGCUGGAAUCUGGAGCCUACAGAGCGUCCAACAUUUAACAAGAUUACACAUUUGAUAGAAAGACUACUUGGGGACCAACCCGGGCAGGAACAGCUAAUCUACCAGAAUGUGCAGCAGCAGGUCACAGAGGGUGAAGUGUGUGAUGAGCCCAAGUGCUGCGACGGCCCCUGUGACCAGUCUUGUGACCACGAGGAAGAGGAGCAGCCUCUGAUGAAGACCAACAACUACCAGUUUUGUUGAAAGUCCUAAAAGCCAAUCAGUCAGCAAACCAAUCACUCAUCAGCCAGCAUCAGGAAAGUGGGAUUAGCUGUAGUCCGUGGCCAGAGUACCACAGCUUGUUCUAACCGCCGGGACAGUUGCAGAGAGUCGCCUUCACAGCUAUUUUUUGCCUGUAGUGUCUGCUCGCCAGACAGACGAGCAGCUGCAGCAAGCAUGUGACUUGCUUCUUUGCAGACCAUGACUAGAAAUUGCCACGUCUAAUACCAACUGCAGACAUGAAAGGAGGAAUCAUGUCAACAAACCACACAAGCAUCCAAAGCUGUACCUUAUCCUAAAUGUUACUCCCUCACGGACUGUUUAUAACUCCUUCUAUUAUGUAUUUGAGGUAUAAUCUAUUACAGUCUAUCCAAUGGAGAAUCUGUCUGUCCUCUCCCCCGAGAGUGUCCUUAAUUAUAUGUUGUGCACAAUGUUUGUUACUAUUUUGUAUCACUGCCCCAGGAGAGUGGAUGCCUUGUUUUUAUGGCGACUUCAGCCACUUUUGUCAGCAGGUUCACUUCCUUAUCAUCAUUUUUAUUGCAUGUAAAGUGAAGCACAAACAAUGAAUCCAAAACUAUGCAAGCUCCACAUCUUUAUGUGCGGACAUGACAAAUUAGGUUUCAUUCUCUGAUCACCUUAAUUGAACACCUAGACAGUGCAAGUGUUUUUACCCUGGUUUAAACAUGCUCAAUUGACCGUGGAGAAGGCAAAGAACGCCCACUUUGUUUUCCUUCUCUAUGCUUUGGUCAUAGCUGUAUUUCUUGUGACACACUUACAGUAGCUGUCAGUUGAUGGCAACAUGUGAUUGUUCCACUUCAAUCUAAUUACUUAACCAGUGUUCAGUAUGAUAUAGGAGCAGGGGAAUACAACUGAACUGAGCAGGGAAAUCUGUGGAUCCGUUAUGGAUCAGAUGAACAAUGGUUCAUGUUUGACAAUGUGAAAGUGUUUUUCUUUUUUUGGCACAACUUACUCUUCUCAUUUCCUGUAGAAUUAGACAAUGUCUAUAUGUAGCAGUCAGCCUACACUGCCAACUGUAUGAAGAUUUUAGAAUAACAUAUAAGCUAUAGUGAGAUUUACAGACUGCAAAUUUGUUUGAUUCAGGCAUUUCAAAUGUGCUUGCAUCUGAAUGAAACACGAGUGAGAUGUCUAAUAAUGUAUAUAUCUCAUGAUGUAAAUCAAGAAUUAUCUUUAUUUUCGCUGAAAUGAUGUCGAAUAGUAGAACAUCAGCAUUGCAUAUAUGUGUAUGGUUUUUUUGUGCAAAUGAGACAAUCAAUGCAAAAGCUGCCAAUUAAAUCACUGAAAAACUUCAGAGGCGUUGAAUGAAGCUUUACCAUUAAAAACUAAAAAAGGUUUAUAUGUAAUACUAGAA